GAGUGGCGCACCACGGUGCUCGUGCGCAACCUGCCGUGCUACUACACGCAGGCCAGCUUCACAGAGCUCAUCGACGGCCUCGGGCUUGCCGGGCAGUACGACUUCGUGUACGCGCCGAUAGACUUCAAGAGCAAGCGCAGCAUGGGCUACGCGUUUGUCAAUCCGCUGGUCUGCUCGGUCGUCUGGAGCCAGACCCAGGGACUGGACGCCAACAUCGACGUCGUGCGCAGGAGCGACAUGAUGAAGAAGAACGCUGCUGCCCCAGAGGAGUUCAAGCCCCUCGUGCUGGUGCAAGGCAAGCUGCAGCCCCUGUCCGGCCUCGUCGCGGAGGGGG